GCAACCAUGUGGGUGGAGGGGUGGGGAAGCUGAGUGGUGUGUCCCAGGGGUUGACAGCCCCACCCUGCACCGUCCUGUACCCCUGGGCGACCCUGGACACGGGGAGGAGCUUCCGAGCUCCCCAUUCCCGCCCCGAAAAGGGGCCUUGACCCAGAUGUCCCAGGGCUGCAGGGAGGGCCAGCUGGCAGGAAGGACCGGGACGUGUGGUCCCGUGUCAGGCACAAACCCAUUUGUAACCAGAGCAGGGCCAAGAGACCGGCUGAGGCCCCACCCUGCCGCCACGUCCAGGAGACCGAGGGGGCCGAGCCGCUGUCCACAGGGGCCUCUGGCACAGGCCUGACCGAGUGGGGCAGAUGGCUAACACCUCAGGGCUCCUGGGAACGGCCGGCGCCCCCCUGGUGUGGACAACCUGGCCACAGCCCAGCUCCCCGCCGGCCAUGUCAACCGUGCCCACCGGGCCACAGAUGGACCGCGUGGCGAACGGCUCCCAGGCUGCCUCCCGGCUCUUCCUCACCACCGCCCUGGCCCGCGGCGUCUCGGGCAUCUUCGUGUGGACUGCCCUGGUGCUCACCUGCCACCAGAUCUACCUGCACCUGCGCUCCUACACAGUCCCCAACGAGCAGCGCUACAUCAUCCGCCUCCUCUUCAUUGUGCCUAUCUAUGCCUUCGACUCCUGGCUCAGCCUCCUCCUCCUGGGGGCCCACCAGCGCUAUAUCUACUUCGACUCCGUGCGGGAUUGCUAUGAGGCCUUUGUCAUUUACAGCUUCCUGAGCCUCUGUUUCCAGUACCUCGGGGGCGAGAGUGCCAUCAUGGCUGAGAUCCGGGGAAAGCCCAUUCGGUCCAGCUGCUUCUACGGCACCUGCUGCCUGCGCGGCAGGUCCUACUCCAUCGGGUUCCUGCGCUUCUGCAAGCAGGCCACGCUGCAGUUCUGCGUCGUGAAACCCAUCAUGGCCUUGGUCACCAUCAUCCUGCAGGCGUUUGGCAAAUACCACGAUGGGGACUUCAAUAUCCACAGCGGCUACCUCUAUGUCACCCUCAUCUACAACGUCUCCGUCAGCCUGGCCCUCUACGCACUGUUCCUUUUCUACUUCGCCACCAGGGAGCUCCUGCGGCCCUUUGAGCCUGUCCUCAAGUUCCUCACCAUCAAGGCCGUCAUCUUCCUCUCUUUCUGGCAGGGGAUGCUGCUGGCCAUCCUGGAGAGGUGUGGGGCCAUCCCUGAGGUCCAGGUCAUCGACGGGAGCAAGGUGGGAGCCGGCACGGUGGCCGCUGGCUACCAGAAUUUCAUCAUCUGCAUCGAGAUGCUCUUUGCCUCCAUUGCCCUGCGCUAUGCCUUCACCUGCCAGGUGUACUCGGAGAAGAAAGAGAACUUGCCAGCCCCCACAGCUCCCAUGCAGAGCAUCUCCAGCGGCCUCAAGGAGACCAUAAGCCCUCAGGACAUCGUGCAGGACGCGAUCCACAACUUCUCCCCUGCCUACCAGCACUACACGCAGCAGGCCACGCACGAGGCCCUGGGGCCCGGCAAGGGCAGGCACCCCUCGCCCGACACCCACCCCAGUGUGGCCGGUGGCCCUGGUGGGGGCAAGAAGAGCCGUAACCUGGAGAAGAGGAUGCUGAUCCCCGAGGAGGAGCUGUAGGAGGGAUGGCCUCGGGGUCACUGGACGCCUGGCUGGGGACGGACGGCCCAGGCCUCUGGGAAAGGACAGGGCCCCUCACCCACCAACCCUAUUGCCAAAGGUCAAGCCUCUCCGGGGAAACCUCCUGCCAGGCCCUUCGAGCCCACUUCCCAUCCUCCCUCCCGCCGGCGGGCCCACAGUCCCAGGGGAGAGCACUCGAGCUGACCUGACGAGCACCGGACUGGCUGGGCUCCCCUGACCACCAGCUUAGGUGGCCACCAGGGGACAGGGAGCCAGCAUGGCCUCCCUGGAUGGACAGGUCCCAUCUGCGGGGAACGAUGGCCAGGACAGAGCUGGGCAGCCUGGCUCUGAGAGGCCUGGAGCCUCAGGCACUACUGGCGGGUGGGGUCCACACAGGCUGGUGGGGGCAGGUGACUCAGCUGGGCCUUGCAUGGCCCCCUUGGGCCCGAGAGAGAAGGGACACUGCAGCUCCACACACCCUCCAGCCAUGGGGAGCCCUGGAAAGCCCCCACCCACCCGGGGGUGUGCCCCACAUGGGUCCGGGGGCUGCGCAGGCCAGCUGCACAGAACCUUUGCCCAGGGCCGCCAGUGGAGCGCGGGCUUCCCCCCAUGAAUCACAUGCAUUUGUACAUAAACAGCUGCGUUUUCUAGUGAC